ACAAGCACACACACCGAUGGAUUCUGGAGCUCCGCUCUCGCUGUCACUCCUCAUGAGGGUGUUUAUGAUUUCUGCCACAGUGUCAGCACUCAACCUUGAGGGGGAACUGUUCAAGGAUUUGAUGAAAGGCUACAACAAGAACGUCCGGCCCACGGAGAAGAGUGGUGACAUCACUGAGGUUGGCAUCAAGAUGACGCUCACCAACCUCAUCUCUCUGAAUGAAAAAGAGGAGGCCCUGACAACAAGCGUCUGGAUAGAAAUGCAAUGGUGUGACUACAGGCUCAGAUGGGACCAACCGCCCAGGUCAGCCCUGUAUGGCAACAUCACCUCUGAGCUGCGGGUCCCCUCCAAGAGCAUCUGGCUGCCAGACGUCAUACUGGAGAACAAUGUGGAUGGACAAUUCGAAGUGGCACUUUACUGCAACGCACUGGUGUCUCCUAACGGCUGUGUGUACUGGCUGCCUCCUGCCAUCUACCGCAGUGCCUGUGCCAUCACUGUCAACUACUUUCCCUUUGACUGGCAGAACUGCACCAUGGUAUUCCGCUCUCAGACUUACAGUGCCAAUGAGAUCAAGCUGGUUCUCAAAGAGGAGGAAAACCACACACUGGAGUGGGUGGAUAUUGACCCGGAGGCUUUUACAGAAAAUGGAGAGUGGGUCAUCAAACACAGGCCGGCAAAGAAGGUGAUCAACACUCAGUACACUAAGGAUGAGCUGGAGUACCAGGAGUUGGUCUUCUUCCUCAUCAUCCAGAGAAAGCCUCUCUUCUACAUCAUCAACAUCAUCGCUCCCUGUGUGCUCUUCUCCUCCCUCGGCCUACUGGUCUACUACUUACCUGCCAAAGCUGGUGGUCAGAAGUGCACCAUGUCUAUUGCCACUCUUCUGGGCCAGACUGUCUUCCUCUUCCUUAUCGCUAAGAAGGUUCCAGAAACUUCGAAGGCAGUGCCUCUUAUUGGAAAGUAUUUGAUGUUUGUGAUGUCAGUGACCACCAUGGUGGUGAUGAACUGUGUGAUAGUCCUCAACAUUUCCCUGAGAACCCCAAACACUCACAUAAUGACAGACAGGGUCCGAAAGAUCCUACUAAACAUCCUGCCUCGGCUGCUGAGGAUGCAGAUGCGACCCUGGACGCCAAACAAUGACAACAACUCAUUAAAUGGAAGCGGUGAAACUCUGGCUCCAGACAGGAACGGUGUGUUCCUGGUCCCCUGCCGACGCCGCAGCUCCAUGACCCUCAUUACCAAGGCGGAGGAAUAUGCUAUGAAAACAGCUCGGUCUGAGCUCAUGUUUGCCAGACUCAAAGAGAGAAACGGGCUGAUGAAAACAGUAUUAGAGAACCUACAUGAAGGGCUGGAAGAUGGUACAGCUGAGAAUCUCAGUGUCAGCCUAGCAAAGGCGUCUCCAUUGCUGAGGCAGUGUGUGGCCUCCUGCAAACACAUAGCAGAGACUGCAAGGCAACAGAACAACUUCCAGAAUGAGAAUGAAGAGUGGUUCCUAGUUGCCCGGGUGAUCGACCGGGUCUGCUUUAUUGUCAUGGUGUCAGUGUUUUUUAUCGGUACGAUUGGGAUCUUCCUGAUGGGUCAUUUCAACCAGCCGCCCUCCUCGCCUUUCCUCGGGGAUCCCAAGAGAUAUCUCCCUCCAGUAGAUAACCUCACAGAUCAAACUGAGAGUGGGAUAGGAGCAAACUUCCUGGGGUGAACCAGGAGAAAAUCCAGAUUUUAUCCCUUUAAGUAAAGUGGAAAUCUGACAGCUUCAGUCAGUGAUCUUUCACUUAGGACAGAGAGGAUGGAGAAGAUGUGGACUCUGUGUACUGUCACAACUGCUAAGUCAAACAUGCUUGUUCAUGGUGAUAAAGGAUCCACUGCACAGUAGUGAGAAUGGCACGCUUUAUCCGCGGUGAUGCAUACUGGUACCAGCUGUGACUGAUUGUUGAGGUUGAGAAUAUUUUUUGCAUAAAAUGUUAUGUGAGAAAAAAAGAGCAUGUUCCUUUGCUCUUCCUGUUCAGGGUUUGAUGUAUGUUUUUACUUUUUUACCUGAUAAAAUUCAAGGUAAUCAAGACAGAAGCA